AUGGAAGUUCAAGAAAGUACUUCUUCCCCUACAAAUAUUCCCAAAGCAGAAGAUGACAAGCCCCAAACACCGAAACGAGAAACAAGACCAACUCCUAUACCACAGCAAAGACUGGACAUAUGGAGUAGAAUUAGACAUGGACACGUAGCCACUGCUAUGAAAUUCAGAAGUUUACUUCUUUUUAUAUCAUCUACAUUAGUUACUUUCAUCGAAACCAUAUCGGAACCAAAACAUGACAAAAUUCCUCCUACUGAAAUUAUCGCAAGAAUAGUCACUAGUUUUAUCAAUGGACGGGUAGAACAACCUCAACGUUUCAGAGGAAUGCAUUAUCAUGAAGUGUAUCUCGCAAUUUCUCCAAUGAUCACAAGCGUUAACUGGGCAAGAAUAAAAUUUGACAGAAAAGAUGCGAUGAGAUGUUACAAGAGUUUAGCUAAUGUUCUACAAGUGUGUUUUGAACAAGUCGGACUUGCUAACCACGCCGAAGCAGACCAGUUGGUCCUAUCUAUUUACGUAACAAGUGUCUGGUGUUCGAUUCUGAAACAACAUCCGGAAUUGGCCCCACCUGUAUCAGAUCAUCAAGACUUUGAAACUUACAUGAAAAGUUGGAUAUUUAGUCCUCAUCUCGAGAACUUCUCGAAAGUAUUCGUGGCGUCAUGCUGUCAAAUUAUGGAGUCAUCUGAUCACAUCAAACAACAACAGUCAACAGCUGAAAGGAGACAUUCAGUUGACUCAGGAACUCAAGAAGAACCUCAUCCACUCCCUCUGACCUCAAUGUUACCAGAGAUCUCCAGUAGACCAGACCUGAUUACCAGUCCAAUGAUCCCGUCACCGUCACGUAUUCAUCCAUCAUGGACGAUGCCACCACACCCAAGUUUUGAUCCAUAUCUGGGAUACACGAGUCCGAUUCCAACUCUCUUCUCUCCAUUCCCUCCAACAGUUAUUCAUCCACCAAUUGAUCCUCAUCAAAACUAUCCACAUGUUCCGACACCAUCAACAACAGACCCAGUUCCACCUGCACCGUCCAUCGCUUUGCCACCACUGAAGCCUCCGCGGGCACCAAAACGGAAACAAAAGCUUCCAACUUUUCAAGAACUGGCUAGUACAGUAACUAAAGGAGGUCAUAAGAAGGGACCUAAACCAGGUACCAAAUACAGGCAGCGAAUAACGAACGAAGCGUCGAUGAUUCUAGAGAACGAGGCGAGACGACUGGCGAUGAACCCUCCGGAUAGGCAUUCGAAGAGAAGAAUUAGUGAGAGAACAAAUAUUUCGCUUUAUCAGGUUAAAAGUUUUUUCAAUCGCAUCACUGCCGAACAAAGACGGCUCAGGAUGGGGAAACCGAUCAAGCGGCAUAAUUCUCGCAGGAAACUAGUACCUGCAAAUACAUAA